GCAGCCUGGCCGGCUCCAGCAGCGCCGCGGCGGGUGGUAGCGCCGGAGCCGCGAGGCCCGGGCCGGGGGUCGUGCCCGAGACCGUGGCCCAGUCCUGGUGGGGGCCCCAGCCCUCUCCCCCGGCGGCCGCCGCUUCGUCUUCACUGCUGUGACUCGGAGCGUUCCCCAUGGGGUCUCCGUCUUGGGCGCCCGGCUCUGCAGCCGCUGCCGCCUCCCCGCCUCGACCUGUCAACCUCCGACAGCAGCCGGCGGGCGGGGACUGGCAGGAGACCGCGGCUGCGGCUGCGGCUGCGGCUUCCGGCUUCCUGGCCGUCGAGCGAGGACCGUUGUCGCAAAGAUGCCGUCACGUAGGUAGGCAGUCUUUAGCAGCUCGCGACAGCUAGGCGGCAGCAAAGAGUGCAACCUGCAUUUCGCAGAGGACGAGUCUGUCUCAACGUUCACGUCAUUCCGCAGCCUCCGCUGCCGCCAUCUUUGUUUCGGCAGACAGCCUGCAAGCCGGGAAGCCGAGAUGCAUCCAGAGCAUUUGUGACCGGGGACUACUCUGAAGCAGGCCUUGUGGAUGAUGUAUCUGACUUGUCAUUCUCUGAGAUGCUGACACUUCAAAGUUGGCUUUCAUUCUAUGAGAAGAAUUACAUAUGUGUUGGAAGGGUGGUAGGACGGUUCUACGGAGAGGAUGGGCUGCCUACCCCGGCACUGACCCACGCGGAAGCCGUGAUCAGCAAAGGCUUGAAGGCAAACCAGCAGGAGCUGGAAGAGAAGCAGACAUUCCCGCCGUGCAAUGCAGAGUGGAGCUCAGCCAGGGGCAGCAGGCUCUGGUGUUCCCAGAAUAGCGGAGGUGUGAGCAGAGACUGGACUGGUGUCCCCAGGAAGCUGUAUAAGCCAGGUGCUAAGGAGCCCCGCUGCGUGUGUGUGAGAACCACUGGCCCCCCUAGUGACCAGAUGCCGGACAGCCCAACACACGGAAAUCGUGGGGACUUGGACCACCCACACUUGGCGGAAUACACGGGCUGCCCACCUCUCGCUGUCACGUGCUCCUUCCCGCUCUAAGCGGAGCCUUUCAUGUGGCUGACACACAGAGCUCUGCUGAGAACCUGAGCGGGCCCUUGACACACGUGUGGCCUGGGAUGGCCCCUGGCCUGAAACAGGAGGGUCUGGAAAGACUCUGGCUAUAUUCUGCAAAUGUGACUCUUGCCCCUCUCCUUGGCUUAGUGCCGUGGGACCCGAGGGACAGCUCAGCCACCUGCCUAGUACUGGUCGGCGGCUCACCACUACAUCCCUCGACCCACUGGUCAUCUUCCUCAGAGCCCGCAGAUGUCAGUGAGCAUGUCUAUUAUCAACUGAAUUUCAACUUGAAUUUAUACCCGAAAGCCUGCUGAGCUGAUCACAGCUGGGCCAAUACAGUAAGAGGCAAUAAUCACUUAGGAUGGUUGAUUCUGGAACUGGAAAAGCUUUUGCUUACAUGGAUACAGCAAAUCCAGAUGUCUUUGAGCAAAGCAACAAUUUAAAACAGGCAUUUUCUCUCCUUUAAGGACUUAAAAUCAGAUGUGGUGUGUUUUCAAAGGCAGAGGUCUGCAUUUUGAGCAACAGGUGGUUUCCUAGCUCUGACAAGGUGACUGGUUAGCAUGACAUUACUUUGGGCAAGGCUGCAGACUUCAGGUG